AUGACGAGUUCAUUUGUGCUCAAACACGAUUCGCUUGAAAGUCUCAAUGCGGCAAGUGAGCUUCCAAGAGAAAUGAUUCUUAGAUUGAAGUCGUAUUCGUCCGAAAAAAUGUUUUCGUCAAUUGAGAAAAUGAUCCAGGAAGCGCGUAUUGCGAGGGGAGAUAUAGAGAAGCAGUAUACGCUGUAUUAUCGUUGUGCUCAAUUAUCAAAGUUAAUUUGCAAGCAACAAGACUUUGCGAAGUUCAAGUCAGAGCAUGGAGCCAUUUUUGGUCUUCGUUUCAAAGAGUCGCUCGAUGAAGCUGAUAAUUUAAAGGCAAUCCUAAACAAGAAGUACGAAGAAAAAAUGCUUAGGAUUUCGCAAGCGUCCGUUGCCGAAGCAAAGGUUCCGAGCGCUGUGAACAGCGAGAAUGUCCCUGACGCUAACUGCCCUUCAUCGAGUGUGUUGAUUAGCCCGAAAGAGCUAGUUCGUAUGGUAGAACAGGCACGACCGAAGAAAAAUGCUGUUAUUGUGGACUAUCGCAAAGAUAAAUCAGAAGUUAUUAACUACAAAAAUGACCACGUCAUAACAGUAGUUACAGUGCCACAUGAGCUAAUUGUCCAUGGAUUGAUAUUCACGUCUUUACGAAAUCAACUAGAAGUCGGGCAGCGUCCCCUUCUACAUCGUAUUGGAUCAUGUGAUCUUGUGGUCCUGAUGAGCGAUACAGGCAUCGAACUAAAAAAUGGCCAACCACUCAGAGGUUCACCAGCAAAUCUGUUGUCAUUAGCUUUGUAUGAGUACAACCAUGAACAUCAUCCAAAAUCGAGACCACUAUUUAUGGAUGGUGGUUUCGAUAAUUGGCGUGAUCAAUAUCCGAUGUAUACUAGAAGUGAUGGCACAUUGAAACGAAAUGAACCAAGAGACCAGCUUGAUCAUAUGGUUAGCAACUACAAGAAAGCAUGCCUGAUGCUGGACUAUCCAGAUCUAUCAUCUAAAGGACCGCGCCCACAAGAACCUCCUCGUGUACCUCUACGGCAACCGAAUGGUGGACCUAUUGCCAACGGUGUUCUUGAGUUUCCGACUCGCUUGGUAAAGCCUGAUGUAAGGGAAGACAGCGCUGGUGUUUUGAAUGAAUCCAAACGUCUGGAAACGACUUUCUCUGCUAACGACUCUGCCGUUUCUACAUCAUCCAUAAAAGAAAUAACUCCAUCGGAAUCAUUAACAAAUAUACCUGAUUCUUCAGUUCCUAGUAACGUUAUUGGCUCACUAGGUGCACAACCAGCCGUAGCUGUAGGAAAACAGGUCAAAGAUGUCUCUGCGCAUGGGACACAAUUACCAGUCAUUCCACCACGGCCCUCUCGUUCGACUUCUUCUGAUCGUACCACAGGGCCACCUGUUGCAUCCGGCUACCAUCCAUCGGUGACAGUUGGACCCGUUCCGCCUUCUGGGGUACGCCAGCCAAUGGUUGAUCGAUCAAACAAACCGCAUCAGCCGUAUGAGGUGACGUCUGCUCCCAUCAACAAACCGAACUUCGCUCAGCCUCCACCUGCAGCGUUGAGGUUGGUUCCAUGUUUAUUAUUGUUGAGACGUUUUAGUAAUGCUGUUCCUCUACAUCCUCGUCUUCCGCUUCCUGAUCGUAGUACUAAGCCCGUCCUGAUAAGUAUUGACCAGGAGCAACAGUUGUUAGAUAUCUACAAUAGUAUGUGUGAUUCUACUGAGGGUAGCUCAAGCCGACGUGGAAACCCACGUCCUGGUUAUACUGGUCUUUAUAACAUGGGUAACACCUGUUUCAUGAAUGCGACUUUACAGGCUUUGUUCCAUACUCCGCUUAUGCUGUCUAUUUUUUCUAAAGAAAACUUCAUGUCUCGUGUUAAUCCGCAUAAUAAAAUGGGUACCGGUGGUGUUAUUUCGGCCGUGUUUAGUGCUAUGAUGGAUGUGAUCUGGAGUGGGCAGUAUACUGCUAUAAAACCGCAGAGAUUUCUACGUUUAUUUGCGAGUCAGGUGAACGCCUGCCUUGCAGAUGGUCAUCAACAUGAUGCAUCCGAAUUCCAAUUAUUUCUUCUCGACGCUCUUCACGAAGAUACCAAUCAGGUGACCAAAAGGGUGUCAUUCGAGCAGAAUUACAAAGGUGGUUCUCACAUUUUGAAUGACGCGAAGGAUUACGAAAAGAAGAGUCGUCAAUUUUCCUACUCACCCAUCAACAAGAUUUUUAAUUUGCAAACAGUUUCUGAGCUGUCAUGCUCUGCAUGUGGGGAACAAUCGGCAACGUUUGAAGAAUGCAGUUUGAUUACGGUCGAAUUACCAGUUCAUGCAAGCCGCACAAGUCUACAGCAAUGCCUCAGCAGUCAUUUCUCUCAAACGACUUUGGACGGUGACUGCCGAUGGAACUGCCCACGGUGUCGUGCUCCGAAACGUGCAUCUCGCCUUACAAAGCUCUGGUCACUCCCACCUGUCGUGGUCGUACAUUUAAAAAGAUUUUCAAUGGAAAAUGGUGACUAUGCAAAAAACACUAUGCCCGUUGAUUUCGAUCCUGGUCGGCUUGACCUUUCUGAGUACCUCCAUCAAAAUUCACCAGAAAAUCCAGAACCCUAUCGGUUAUAUGCUGUAACGAAUCACUGCGGUCGAUUGAAUAGUGGUCAUUAUACGGCGUUGGUCUGCCAUGGAACAACAGGAGAAUGGUUAAGAUUUGAUGACGAGAGCGUGUCUUCUUCAUCAGCUAAUGGAAUUAAUACAUCCGAGGCGUAUAUGUUAUACUACAAACGAACGUGA